UGGUGACCAAAUAUUUUUCUGUUUAUGUAAAUUGCUCAAACUAUUUGUGUUAUUUACUUACAAUCAUCCAAAUUGACACCUUAUCUGUUUCUCAUGAAAAAAUGAACUCCUACACUUUUGUGGACUAGUUGCAUGGAAUCUUAUACAGAACAAAAAAAGAAAUUGAGCUAUCAAAAUUCUGAGCUAUAUGAAGCCAAUAUUAGUGUCGUUCUCUGCCUAUGCCUCUGCUCUGUUUCUCUCUCUCUCUCUCUCUCUCUCUCUCCGAAGCUAAGUAGAAAAUGGAGAGAGAGGUCAACAACCCAAUUUUAAGCACGCCAUUGAUUCAAGUUUGUGAAGAGAAUGGACCUGAAAAUGGAAUACAGAUAAGUCACGGUAGAAGUGAGAUUCUUGAGGAAAUAAAGAAACAGUUAUGGCUUGCCGGGCCUUUGAUAUCAGUGAGCCUGUUGAUUAAUUUAUUGCAGAUGAUAUCUGUGAUGUUUGUGGGUCAUCUUGGUGAGCUAUCUUUAUCUGGUGCUUCCAUGGCUACUUCCUUCGCAUCAGUGACUGGUUUUAGCUUGCUGAUGGGAUUGUCAAGUGCAUUGGAGACAUUAUCAGGACAGGCAUAUGGAGCAAAGCAAUACCAUAUGCUGGGCAUACACAUGCAGAGAGCCAUGUUUGUUCUCUUAGUUGUUAGCAUACCCCUUGCCGUUAUUUGGGCAAACACGAGAUCCAUACUAACUUUCUUUGGCCAAGAUGCUGCAAUAUCAGCAGAAGCCGGACAAUAUGCUCGUUUUAUGAUCCCGUGCCUUUUUGCCUACGGUCUGCUUCAAUGCUUCAUAAGAUUCUUACAGACCCAAAACAUUGUUUUUCCAAUGAUGCUGAGCUGUGGAAUCACAACAUUAAUCCAUAUUAUUUUGUGUUGGAUACUGGUAUUGAAAUCUGGACUUGGAAACAGGGGAGCUGCCUUGGCAAAUUCCAUCUCUUAUUGGAUCAAUGUGCUAUUGUUGGGCCUCUAUGUGAAGUUCUCUUCUUCAUGUGCAAAAUCAUGGACAGGGUUUUCAAAGGAAUCUUUGCGAAACAUUCCCAAUUUUCUUAAGCUUGCCAUUCCUUCAUCUGUCAUGGUCUGCUUGGUGAUGUGGUCAUUCGAAAUGAUGGUUCUUUUAUCUGGUCUUCUUCCCAAUCCCGAGCUAGAAACCUCUGUUCUUUCUAUAUGCCUUAACACGGCUGGAACAGUGUGGAUGAUCCCUUUUGGACUAAGCGGUGCUGUAAGCACUCGGGUUUCGAAUGAAUUAGGAGCCGGACACCCAGAUGCAGCUCGCUUAGCAGUACGUGUUGUCUUGGUCUUGGCUAUUACUGAGGGUUUAUUGGUGGGAUUGGUCCUUAUAUUGAUACGUAACAUCUGGGGCUAUGCUUUUAGCAAUGAAUUGGAAGUGAUCAAAUAUGUAGCAAUAAUGAUGCCAAUACUUGCAGUAUCCAACUUUUUUGAUGGCCUCCAGUGUGUUCUUUCAGGGAACGCAAGAGGAUGUGGGUGGCAGAAGAUUGGAGCAUAUGUGAACCUAGGAUCCUACUAUUCGGUGGGAAUUCCAUCAGCUGUUUUGUUGGCUUUUGUCUUCCAUAUUCGUGGAAAGGGUCUUUGGUUGGGAAUAAUAUGUGCACUCGUGGUACAAGCGCUAUCUCUUUUUACCAUCACCAUUCGCACCAACUGGGAGCAAGAGGCAAAGAAGGCUACAGAAAGAGUUUACGAGUCCAAAAUUCCUGUCGAUAUAGUCUCAUGAUAUGCUUAAUGUGACUUGCAAAAAAGACGACUUUCAUAGCAAAAAUCUGUUAAAGAACGUAGCUAUAUAUGGCAAUCUUGGAAUUUUAUAAAGUGGUAUGACUUGACUGCUGGAAGAUACAGCGACUGCAGGAGUAAGAAGACUUGAGCUUUCAGCUUAUUCUUGUAGCUCUAUUUCUUGAAGUUUCUACUUUUCCUUAAAUUUUGACGUUAUAUGAGGAGUAAUUUUCUUUUAUAUGAAGUUUAUCGUAAGAAUAUUAAACUGUGCCUUUAUUAGUGGAAUGCUUUGAUCUUCGCAUGAGUAAAA